AUGGCACAUUUGUGGACUGAUUGUUUCAUUUGCGUCACACCAAGUAUUGUCGUCACUACAAAGUACAACUACACACAUUACCCCUUCCGCUCUCUCUUUACAACCACAACAUCACAUUUCAUGGCGGAUCCAAGAAAUGGUUUCUGCUCACAGACCAAGACAUUCCACAGCCUCCGCCCACCUGCCCCUCUCCCUCCCCCCACCCAACCCCUCUCCAUCACCGACUACACUCUCUCUCUCCUCCGCUCCCCCAACGCUCCACCGCUGCAAACCACCGCAUUCCUCAUCGAUGCUUCCACCGGCCACCGCCUCUUUUACGUCGACUUUCUCCAUCAAAUCCAGACCCUCUCUUCCUCUCUCCAGACCCGUUUCCCCUCUCUCUCUAGAGGACAGGUUGCCUUCAUUCUCUCCCCUCCCUCUCUCCACCUUCCAGUCCUCUACUUCUCUCUCCUCUCCCUCGGAGUCACCAUCUCUCCCGCCAACCCACUCGCCACCGGGUCCGAGUUAACCCACAUGGUCCGACUCAGUAAACCAUCCAUCGCCUUUGCGACCUCCUCAACUGCUCACAAGCUCCCACCACUCCCACUCGGCAACGUCCUGGUCGACUCGUCCGAGUUCCACUCAAUGAUUACGAUUCCAACAAAAGACAAAUAUAAUGAAGACCGAGUCAAGGUGAACCAGUCCGACUCAGUGGCGAUUCUUUACUCGUCCGGCACAACCGGCCGAGUCAAGGGCGUAGAGUUGACUCACCGGAACUUGAUUGCUGUGAUCUCCGGUUCUUACCAUAACCGACUAGAUAAGAAUCCGCCAUUUCCGGUGUCGCUGUUUGCGCUGCCAUUGUUUCACGUGUUCGGGUUCUUUAUGAUGAUCAGGGCCGCCGCAAUCGGAGAGACUCUGGUUCUGAUGGAGAGAUUCGAUUUCGAAGGGAUGUUGAGGACGGUGGAGAAGUACAAGAUCACUUACAUGCCGGUGUCGCCGCCCCUCGUGGUGGCAAUGGCGAAGUCGGAGUUGGUGAAGAAGUACAACCUCAGCUCACUUCAGCGGCUUGGCUGCGGUGGUGCGCCGCUCGGGAAGGAGGUUUCCGAGCGGUUCAAUGCUCGCUUCCCCAAUGUUGAGAUUGUUCAGGGAUAUGGUUUGACUGAGAGCGGGGGAGGGGCAACGAGGAUGUUGGGGCCAGAUGAGACUAAGAAGCAAGGAUCUGUUGGCCGGCUUUCUGAGAACUUGGAAGCCAAGAUAGUUGAUCCUGUAACUGGAGAGCCCUUUGCUCCUGGACAGCGAGGGGAACUAUGGAUACGAGGGCCUACAAUCAUGAAAGGUUAUGUUGGAGAUGAUGAAGCAACUGCUGCAACAUUGGAUUCGGAAGGCUGGUUAAAGACUGGUGAUCUCUGUUAUUUCGACUCGGAUGGGUUCCUGUACAUUGUUGAUAGGUUAAAGGAACUGAUAAAGUAUAAGGCUUAUCAGGUUCCCCCAGCUGAGUUGGAACAUUUACUUCUAUCGAAUCGAGAAAUUGCUGAUGCAGCUGUGAUUCCAUAUCCUGAUGAGGAAGCAGGGCAGAUUCCCAUGGCCUUUAUAGUGAGAAAACCUGGAAGCAGUAUUACCGGGGCUCAAGUUAUGAAUUUCAUUGCAAAACAGGUUGCACCAUACAAGAAGAUUCGACGCGUUGCAUUUAUCAACUCUAUUCCGAAAUCUCCGGCAGGAAAGAUCUUGAGAAGGGAGCUGGUCAAUCAUGCUUCUGGAGGAGCUUCAGCAAGAUUAUGAUCCAAGGUAUAU